GGUGGACCAUGAUUAGCAGUAUAUUUCACUAUGUCCUAGAAACCUGUCAUUUAAGAGAACUCAACCUCAUUCUUUAUUUAAUUGCUAGUUUGAUUUUCUUUUGCUUUUCGUUCCUUAUCGUGGGAAAUGUAGGUUAUGUGGUGACGUUCGACUGAACAUGAAAUGUGAAACGUCGAAGAAUUAAGUGAUAGAGUAUAAUUUGCGAACAAAAUGCUCGCGAUGUCUUGAUUGAUUGACCAUUUCAGCGGCGCUCGAAAGUAUGCGACGACAGAAUCUCGUGACCCAGCUUGGGCUUCAGUUUUGGGGGAUGGGGCUAUUGAUGUUCGGUCUCGUCGUGGUUGAUACAUUUGCGUGAGCUUCUGUCGCAGAAUUUCAAGCAUCUCCUGCUCGGCGAUCGAACCUCGUUAAGCUUCCAGAGGGAUCAGUCGGUGUCAUUAAGGGAGUGGCGUAUGCUUGGACCGGCUGUGAAGAUUUCGAUUUCAGGGUUUGACGGUUUAGAAUAUGAAGAAUGUGGGGUUUGAUUUGUGGGUGGAAUUCUUCUGAGAGCGUUGGACGCUAGGUUUUUGAUUGCAUUGCUAAUUUGUUUUUUGUUUUGUUUGUUUGUUUGUUUGUUUUUAUUUUUAUUUUUUUGGCGGAAUUUUGUUUUUGACUUUGUCAUUAUUCCUUUGUGCAAAUUAGAUGGAACUAGAUCAGAUGCCACCCGAUUUCCAAUUACACACGAGGUUAGCCUCAUGCCUUGUAGAAAUUAAUAAUGACCGGAAGCUGAAACUGAGUUUAGACGAGUGGGAGAACAACUUUAAGAAGGCACUCUAUAGGGUGGAGGUGAAGCGCGAGCGGAGCCUGAACGUGAAGAACGAGGUCUACCAGUUGAUAGGAUUCUACAGUGUUUUCCAAGGAGUGGUGCUGGGCGCCGUGGCGCAAGCUAGCACUCUCACCUGUAACACUGCUUGGGGUCCUGCUUUGUUGUCUGGUCUCGCCUCCAUCGCUACCGUCGGCAGCGUUCACAACAAAUUCAAAGACUACAUCAACACGAAGCAAGAGCUCAAGAACGAAGAAGUCGAUGCAAAUAUUGUCAGGGGGAGGAUUGGUUUGCUGAAGCUGAUGGGAGGGAAUUUCAAUUUUGCGGCGCUUGACGAACGGACCGUCGUUAACAGGGACCGACCCCAGGCUUCAGGCCAGUACUACUGGCCUGUGAUGUUCGUGGUCGUCCUCUUCUCCAUUGUUGUUGUCAUUGUCGUCAUUGCCAUUCUGUGCUCUGGCAGUACCUCCCACGAUCACACAGAGCCUCAGAAUCUGUGGCCUCAAGGAUUCACGUGAAUUGCACACCACUUAGUUGCCUUCACUGCGCUUCAGUAGACAUGCACCUUCCUGCACCUGAUGGAGAAUUUUUUAUUGUUUUGGAUUGAUUCGAAACUCUCUUCAAAGCAGGUUCACGAGAUUCACAAUUCCACAAGCUUGGAUUCUGGAAGGAUGAGCUGCUCCCGAUCUCUCAAUCACUUUUAGGUCUGUCUGCCAACUCAUAGCUCCGAAGUAGGGCUUCCUACACACAACCCACUUCCAAUUCAAGGCUCACUUUGAUGUUGUGUCCAGACAACCCUAAAAUUUAAGGUAGUUUUUUUUCUUUUGUAUUUUUAUUUAUUUCAUAAUUUAUUCUUGCUUGUGUUGAAUGUA